AUGUCCCGUCAAAAAGUAGGAGCCCCCAUAAAAGUACUUUCCUUGUGAGAAGAGACUGUUGCUCUUUCAGCUGGGAGGCAUUUUAGGUGCAAUAAAUUUUUGUAAAGUUUCGUAAAGCGGGUUGGUCGGUAUACGGCAACCAUUGAUUACUAAAUUUUUCUUGCCUAGUUCUUUGGAUAUUCAAUAAACUUUGUAAACAGCAGAGAUAAAAUUGCUAUUCCGCAAAACCUGUCUAUAACAAACGUCUUUCAGGGUUCCUAGGAGUCAGUUUUCGCCGAAGAUACGACAAGUACUUUCCAUAACAAAGUAAUUUUAUAGUAUCCGAUUUGCUGUACGGAGACUUGACUAUGUUUACUUUUUUUCAACUUGCAAAAUUUUCGUUUUAGAGUAUAUUUAUACAUACAUAGUUAUAUGGGCCUUACGAUCAUUAAAUUUCCCUAUGUCUCCCCUUAGGACAGACCGGGCAUUGGAAAGCAAAACCGGGAGAUAUAAAUAAUCAAAUCUUCUCAGAAAAUUAAUUCUUCGUCUCCACUGUUUUCAGGAACGGUUGAUCUCAAAAUGGCCAGAAUCAGAGCCAUUUCUAUUUUGUUCGUUUAUGUUCUACUAGAUCUGUUAUUUACAAUAAUUCCUUAUGGACUUUAUAUGCAAAAUUUUGGCUUCAAUUUUAACAUACUGAUAAAAAAUUUGAAUCCAAUUCAGUAUGAUCCGCGGUCGAGCGGUUUUGACUUUUUCAUUGCCUAUUUGCUGAGAAUUAUCCUCUUGGCGAUUGGAACGGGUUUGGUGGCUCUGGCCAAACCGUUGCUGUUAUUUUCAUUCAUUUUUAAUAGUGCUGUGGCAUGCUCAAUCUCAUUUUCAUUGGCCAAGGUGAGCGAGAUCUCUUACUGCUUUGUAAUUGGAAGUUCUUUAGAUUCUCUGCUUCGCCGAACACCCUAACCAAUUACAUUUCGUUGGUGUUUGGCUCUCUCUCCUGUGGAACAUUCUUGGCUCAUUUUGGGCGCUGUAUACCUUUAAUAAUGUAGUUGUAAACGGGCUCUUUGCGCCUGUCAAUUAUGAGCGAAUGGCGGAGGAAACAGAAACCAACUUGGAAAAUGCAGAAUCAGCGUCAGAUGCUGGGAAUUCUGACAACAUUAAUGGGAAGGAUGGUGAGGAAGAGCCGAUUACCAGAAAGUCCGUCAUAGCACAUGUAAAAUUCUUGAUGAAGUAUGCUGCAAAAUAUUGGCCUUGGUUUAGUAUGGCUGGUGUGUUUGUUGUCAUUUCUGCUGCAGGUAAGUUUGUUUAGCUACAAUAUUUUCUGAAGUGGGCGUUAUGACUUUUGUGGGUAACCACAUUGCGGGCAGCCUACAUUUUCCGAUUAGAAUACGAUUUUCCUCCUGUUGCCUACGUAGUAUCACAGAAAUUUUGCAUUGACAACUCCCUGGUACUGAUAACUAUACGAAUCUAUUGAAUUCAUUUACCGUGUUAUAAUAAAAUUUAUGGCUAUUUCUUUAAAAAAAUGUUUUCUGAGCCUUUAAAAAUACCUUCAUAACUUCAUAGUAAUUAUUCGUACGCCUGGAACUUCAAUUCGCAACAUCUAACUGCCAAAUCCAUUGUUAGAAUUUCCUGUUCUAAGCAAAUGUUGGCAUAUUUCGAAGCAUGCCCGCAGAAUCUCCGUGGUUCUUUUAGCUGUCUGCAACUGUGGGCCAGCCCUCAAGUGCCGCAACUUGUGUAUAUUGCUGUCCCAUUUCAGCCCGCUCCGCCAUUCCAUAUUACACUGGAAAAGUGAUAUCCAAUAUUUUUCACCAGGAUAAGAAAUCAAGCGAUGCUUUUUACUCAACCUUGCUGGUUAUUUGCGCUCUAAUUCUUGUAACGUAAGAUACAAAAUCUUGUUAAAAGAAACAUCAAUUUGUAGUUCCGUGUUCGCCGGGCUCCGCGGCGCCUUCUUCAACUGGGCUGGAGCGCUGGUCAACCGACAGAUGCGUAAAGAUCUCUUUGAUUCGUUAAUCCGCCAAGAAGUUGCAUUUUUCGAUAAACAGCAGACCGGUGCGAUCCUAUCUCGACUCACAACCGAUUGUCAGACAGUGACCUCGAUCAUCGAAUCGAACAUGGAAAUGUUCAUGAGAGAUUCGGCGGUGAUGAUUGGCUGUUUAAUAGUCAUGCUCAAUGUUUCGUGGAGGUUGACGGUGGUCACGUUCGUUUUCAUCCCACCGUUGGCGGUGUUCACCAAACUUUAUGGAGAUUAUUGUGAUGUAAGCUGACAUGUUAUGGCCGGUGGGGUACGAGUAUAACGCUCAGAUUUUCCUUGGAUUUGGCGUGUACAGCCAAAUCUUUUUAUAACGGCGAAGGGUCAUUCAAUUUAUUCGUUAUAGAUGGGAUUAGUUUAACGGUGGUUUGUGUUGCCCUUGAGGCCACUAGGUUAGAAACAGUUCUCGGUUUUGGGAAACUUCCACCUGAAAGCCCAGUUGAACAAAAAUCACGCACCCAAGAUUUUUUAUGAAGCAGUUCAAGGCCUUUAAAAAUAUAUAUACACCCUAAUAUACUCUUGGUCUUCAGAAAAUCAUCGAGAAUGUACAAACAGCCAUGGCCGAGGCGAAUCAGGCCGCUGAAGAAUGUUUGAGCACGGUCCGCACAGUCAGAGCUUUCGCCUGCGAAAACAAGGAGUCAAAGCGCUUUGAUAAACAACUGGUUGGGAUUGUCGGGAUACUCAAGGCAAGUUGUCAUCGUUGACAAGGACAUAAGCUUGCUUUUCUUAACCGGAAUGUUUUUAUUAUAGCACAAAGCAAUAAUGUCAUUUGGUUACAUUACCCUCUCGGACAGCAUUGAGUACUUAGUUCUUGUAUUAAUUCUUUUCUACGCGGGUCAUCUGGCAAAUGCCGGCGACUUGACUAUUGAACAAAUUACCGCUUUCAUUCUUUAUCAACUUCAAUUGAUCGAAAUUUUUUAUGCAAGUCGCUACGAGCAUUACCUAUUAUUUUUUCUAGAAUAUUGAUUACGUGUUCGCUAACAUGAUGGGAAGUGUUGGAGCUUCGCGAAAAGUAUUUGAAUAUAUGAAUAAACUGCCGGAGAUACCGUAUGACGGGACGGUUGAAAGAAAGGUUGAAGGGAACAUUGAAUUUGAGGAUGUGUCGUUUGCUUACCCAACCAGACCACAUUCGGAGGUGUUGAAGGUGAGGGGAGCUUGAAAAUUUCAUUCUUCAACAUGUUGCUCAAAUAGUUUACCUUGUGUUUUUAGUCCAUAAACAUCUCUAUCAAGCCUGGAGAAACAGUUGCGCUAGUUGGCCCCUCUGGCGCUGGAAAAUCUUCUAUUAUUUCGUUACUUGAGUACUUCUACGAGACAACAAAAGGUGCCAUUAAACUUGACGGCGUGAAUAUUCGAGAAUACGCCCAUCGCUUUUAUCACCAACAAGUCUCGUUGGUCAGCCAAGAGCCGACAUUGUAUUCCGGCUCGAUAAAGGACAAUAUCCUGUAUGGGUGUGAGGAAUGGUGUACUGAAGACGACAUGAUUGAAGCAGCGAAGUUAGCCAACGCUCAUGGCUUUAUCACAGAGCUGGAGAAGGGAUAUGAGACAAAGUGCGGAGAGAAGGGAGUGCAGAUGAGCGGUGAGUAGAGCGGUAUACAUACUUUCUGGCGGGGUAUAGGACAUAUGAGAACUUUUGCUGCAGAGUAAUAGCACAAAGUUUCUUUCAGGCGGUCAAAAGCAGCGAAUAGCCAUCGCGCGAGCGCUUGUGAGGAAGCCGGCUGUCCUGAUCCUCGAUGAAGCCACUUCUGCUCUCGAUUCUGAAUCAGAAUACAUAAUCCAAAAAGCCCUAAACCAAUGUGCCGUCGGCCGCACUGUGAUCGUAAUUGCCCACCGUCUGAGCACCGUGGAGAAAGCUGACCGGAUAUUUGUCAUCCAGAAAGGAGAAGUGGUUCAAGAGGGCAAUCAUCAAACACUGAUGCAAACUGAUGGGCUUUAUAGGGAUCUAGUGAAGCGACAACUCUUUGGUGGGCAUACGAAGGACGACGGAGAUGUUGCAGAUGUUGUAGGAGGUUCGGUGACUCAAGAAAAUCAUACAACAGAAACCUCUGCUGGCUAA